GAAAUGGGAACAAUGGUAUGCCUGGGCAAGAUGGGAGAAAAGGCUCAGCAGGACAUCGUGGAGAAAAUGGAUUAAAAGGCGAAAAGGGAGAUCGAGGUGACCCAGGAGAGAAUGGCAAACCAGGUUCUCCUGGUAAAGAUGGUCAGAAAGGACCCAGAGGAUUUACUGGGCCACCUGGACCUAUUAGAGAGAUUACAUUUGGUGAGGGAGACUUUACUGGAAUAAUUGGGCCACCAGGUGUUACUGGUUCCACUGGUGCUACAGGCAGUCCUGGACCUCCUGGACGAGAUGGUCGUGAUGGCAGUCCAGGUGUACGCGGUCCUCCUGGGGUGCAUGGCUUUCCUGGGAUAAAAGGAAUGAAAGGAGAGAAAGGAGACAGUGAAGUCAAAGAAGCUAUUGUGUCUUCUAUAAUAGGACCACGCGGUCCACCUGGUGAAAAAGGUCACAGAGGUAGAAAAGGUGUUGAUGGUGCCAACGGUCAAAAAGGAGAGACUGGUGUACCUGGAGAACCUGGAAAGUGCUUAUGUCCAUUGUCUGAAAACCCUUCAGUGAGUACUGCCUCGGAUCAGCCAUUAGGUGAUCAUCCUCAGGUUGAGCCUACUGAGCCUCUUAUUGCUAUCGGAAUGAAAAUGAAAACGAAAGAGUCAGUUGGAGCAAGUGGUUAUAAAGUGUGGGUAACAACACUUGUAAUGCACAGCCAAACUGAAGCUAUUCCAAUGUGUCCUGCUGGAUAUUCACAACUCGCCACUGGCUACUCUUUAGCUGUCAAGAAAAGCGAAACACUUGGCUAUAAUGAAGUCUUAGACCUUGGAAGAGUUGAAUCGUGUGUUAGAGAUUAUCAGCCAGCACAGAGAGUUGUUUACUAUGAUGGUGGCUGGAAAUCAGGCACUGAAAUGGAAUGUUUCUGGCUGGCUGCUGAGGCAUUUGUUGUGCACCAGUCGGUUUCAAAGAAAGCGCUGCCAAGUCGCUGCAUUGUCUGUGGUGGUGUGCCUAAAGUUAAGGUAGUACACAGUCAUACACGUGCUGUUCCACUGUGUCCUGGUGGCUACAAAAGCAUAUGGACUGGAUUUAGUUACUACUCGGUUUCUGGAAACGGAAAAUGUAACACACAAGCACAUGAAGUAGACAUGGCAUCAUCGGGUUCUUGCCUUCAGGGAAUCAUCUCUAGAAUGUAUGUAAAGUGUGCACGUAGUCUUCGUCACUGUCAAACGGACGAGACCAUCACUAGCCUUUGGAUGCCUUCAGAGUCAGAUGGUGCAGUUGGACGCUCACAAGAUAAGUUAUCAGCCUUUCCUGUCAGUCGUUGCAUAGUGUGUGCUGAAUUGAUUCACUGAAUUGGUCAUUGCAAGGUUCACAUGUCUUAUAUGGGCUUGGUUCUAUAUAGCUGCCCUUCUUGCACUUCUAGAUCUGUAAUACUUUAUAUUUAGAUGUAAAAUGUAAUAAAUAGUUUGCUAAAUUGA